CCCUGUUUCCUGUCACAUGGGUUGGAAAUAGGAUCCCUGCUUUCUACUAUCUGGUCUCGUCUUUGUGGUGUCAGUGUAGUAGUAGCAGCUGUAAGACCUGCCUUGAAGUUCAGGGACUUUUAACGCCAGCCAAAGAGCGACUCCCUCUCAGUCUGUCAGUCAGUCCUCCGGUCUGCGCAUCCGUCCGUCCGUCAGGCUGCACUUCACCUGAGACAGAACAACUUCACAUAUUUGAUCUCAGCAUGGAUUCCUGGACAGUCACCUCUGCGCUUCUUCUCGCUGGGCUUAUUUCCUCCGCGGCUUUCAGUCAUUUCGACACUGAGUGCUACACUGCCAAUGGAGAGGACUACAGGGGUUUCCAGAACCAGACCAGCCUGCAUGGUGGCAAGCCCUGCCUCUUUUGGAAUGAGACCUUCCAGCACCCAUACAACACGCUCAAAUACCCCAACGGAGAGGGGGGUUUGGGCAGCCACAACUACUGCAGGAAUCCUGAUGGGGACGUUCAACCGUGGUGCUACAUUGCUGAUCAUGAAGACGGGAUCUACUGGCGCUACUGUGACAUCCCUACAUGUCAAAUGCCUGGAAACCUGGGCUGCUUCAAAGACAGUGGCGACCCACCAACCCUGUCCGGCACCAGCGAGACUUCCAACAAACUCACCAUCCAGAACUGUAUAAGUUUCUGCAGGAAGCAGAGAUACAAGCUUGCAGGAAUGGAGUCAGGAUAUGCCUGUUUCUGUGGCAAUGAGGUCGACCUGCGUGAUCACGGAGAGUCACCUGGCAUGGAGUGUAACCACGUUUGUUUUGGCAACCACAACCAGCCCUGUGGCGGAGACGGCUGGGUCAUCAUCUUUGAUACCCGAGUCGGGGCCUGUGGUGGUAACUACAGCGCUCCAUCAGGAGUGAUCUACUCACCUGAUUUCCCUGACAAAUACAACCCUGGCCGUGUUUGCUACUGGACUAUCCAGGUCCCCGGAUCCUCGGCCAUCCUCUUCAACUUCACCUUCUUUGACAUCUCUGACCAGACCGACAUGGUGGAACUGCUGGAUGGCUACACCAACCAGGUGGUGGCGCGCUUCGACUGGCGCAGCCCUCCACGGGAGCUGGUGAACAUCACAGGAGACUUUGUCAUUCUUUACUUCUACUCAGACCGCACCAACCAGGCCCAAGGAUUCGCUCUGCUUUACCAAGCAUUGAGAGGCCCAGACACCAGAACCACGGAGGCAGAAAGUGAAGAGGAAGGGGAGGACGUGUCCAGCACCACCGGGCCUCAGCUGGUUGGAAGCGUCACCGAGAAAUCCAACAGCACAUCCAACGGCCGCUCAUCCCAGAUCCUCUACGUGAUCACGUCCAGCCCCGGUAAACCGGAGCACAACAUGCCAGGUCAGUGGGCUGGACGCAGCGAGACCACCGGCCACAGCGCUAUGUGGACCAUCUACGCCCUGGCUGCUCUCCUCAUACUCACCGUCAUCGCCAUGGUGGCAAAGCUGCUGCUGCAUAUCACGGUCAAGUCUCCAAACAUCCCGACUGUCAGCGGUUCAGACAGCUGCAGUCAGAGCACGGCGUCCUCUGAGCCUUGGAUUAUCCUGUACCGGCCCUCCACCAUCUCUCUGUUCAAGAAGAAGCUAAAGAACCACCACGGCGACCUCAGCCCCCUGGUGGGCAACUAGCGUUAUCGCGACGCUCCACUGAUAACUAAUCACUACCGCCACCCACAACCUCUCUGUACAUGGGCCGUCAGAUGCCAGGCCCUCAGACAAUGAAACUCUAUGAGGCGCUAAGCUAACAAGCCAAGAACUGAGCGGCUAAUGACAACAGACUGAGUAUCUGCUACUAAAUGGCGGCGGGCCAGAGCGGCUGAGCCCUCCCAUCCUGCUCAGCACCAAAGAGGAGCGGACAGGCAGGGCUGUCAGUGAAGGCAGCACGUAGAGGUCGACAGCAAAGGACUGACAGUGGAAGAUCUGCAGCUCUAAUAAAGGACGUUUUUAACAUACAGGAAGCUUCUGUUUCACCAAGGUUCCAUUAACAUAACUCACAGUUGUCUCUAACAAUCAACAUACGGUACCUCUGCAGACUCACCAGUGAAACACACCACAGUAACGUCUAACUUCACUGUCUGUACUUCUUAAGAAACUGUACUGUUCCCUGGUGCUCCAGUAGAAACUUCAUCAGUGUCAAAGAGACGAUGAAGAAACCGAGGCUUUGAUACAGCUUAACAGUUUUGUAUAACUCUUCUAACUGCCUCAUAUGAACGUAAGAACUUCUAGCCAAAAAACAGAAUCCUCCCAUCCAAAGAGUCAAGUAUGUAUUGGUCUCUUGAUAUGUUUUUUUUUUUAAUUUUGCAAAGCUCUAAUGUUUCUUUUUUGAUGUGUUUUACCGUGACAACUAACUCUCUGAGGACAGGGGAAACAGGACAUGAAAACGUCACUCAGAAGGUAGAUAUCACAGCACUUUGGGGAUGAAUCACUCACCGUAAAAAUGAAAAGAUCAGAGAGAAAGAGCACGCUCGCCCACUCGUACGUUCAUGUGGAUUUGGGUGGAGAAAAGAAACUGCGUUGUUCACCGGAGGGGUGGGGGGUGAAGGGGGGAGUUGGGUUGGGUGGCGCAUUAUGCAGACAAACUGCCAUUUAGGGAGGCUUGGGAAGAUCUGAGGGCUUUUUCUGCUCGGUUGUGGGUGGGAGUCUUUCCGGUUUGAUGGUGUUCAAGUGCCUUAAGGAUCUCCUCUUCCCUUGUCUCAGAUUCCUCACAUCUGUUUCUUUCUCGAAGCAGACUGAGGUCCCUCACUGGAAUCUGCACUUCUUUAAAUCAGUGUGGAUGUGAAGAGUUUCAUUCUAUAAGAGGUUACCCACCAAUGCCAUGUAAAGUAAAACAGGAUGCCACGUCUUGUACAUCGAUUAGAAGCAUAAAUCAAGAAUAGAGCAUAGUCUUUUUAUCUAUCCUACACUCAGCUGAACACAUCUGAAAAGUAGAAGAUGUAGAUGACUUCAUCUUGAUGUUGAAAUGAUUUAUUUUUUCAGAAGUGAACACAUAGCCUUUUGGAAAUGAACUCUUCAUGUAGUAACAGAGAAGACUUUAAAAGAAAAUGUUGUUUCUCAGUUCUGUAUGUGCUCUUAAGUGUAGUCUUGGACAUUUACUGAACAUAUUGUUCACAUUAAGUUGUCUUUUGAUUACAACAUCGGGAUAAAUAUUGUAUAUUAUGUAAUUCAGUGUGGGAAUGAUGAUAUUUAUGUCCACUCAUUGUUUCAUGUCACAAAAAAGCAUUUGAGAAACCUGUCAAAAUGCUCUUUGUACUUCCUCAUUAACUGCAACUUUGCUCAAAGGUGAAGUCCUCAACACACUGGAAAAAAUCUAAAUUUUAUCAAGUACAUUUUUCUCAUUUCUAGUCAAAAUAUCUCAUCACACUUAAAAUAAGACAUAAUCACCUAAAGAGUAACUUUUAA